UCUUCGUCUUUUUCCGAUCGAAAACUUUGGUCUUCUUACACUUGUAAAUUUAUUUAUGGACAAAGGAUGGGGGCUUACUCUCGGUACUUCUGAUCCUGUAUCUAGUUUCUUCCCCAGCAAAACCAAUUCCGCCAGCACUGGACCUUUCUUCAGGUUAAAGCAGCAGCAGCCGGACAUGUUUCAGUUCCCUGUUAGCCUUGCUGGCUCCAGGGAGGACCACCGUGGAACUUCCUCUUCCUCCUCACCUGCCUCUUCUGACAACCGCCUGGUGGUCGAUGAGGUUGACUUUUUCUCCGAUAAGAAACAAAGGAUUGAUGAUGAUAACAAAACUAGUACUACUGUCACCGCCAAUAAGAAAAAUCCUCACGGUGGAGGCGCUCCAGGCUUUGAUCAUUUGGGUGUAAAUACCGGGUUGCAUCUUCUCACGGUUAAUGGCGGGGUAUCAUCGGAUACGGAAGAUAAACGAGCAAAGAAUGAGCUGGAGGAAUUACAAGUGGAGUUCAAACGUACGCAUGCUGAAAAUCAGAGGUUAAGAAACAUGAUUAGUCAUGUCAGCAACAACUACACUGCUCUCCAGAUGCACCUUGUGACCUUAUUGAAGCAGCAAAGAAAUCCGGGACCCAAAACCACCCAAGAACAUGAGAUUCAAGAAGUAAAAUCCGAAGUGAAGAAAUAUGAGGUGGCAGUGCCAACACAAUUUAUGGAUCUAGUCCCAUAUUCAGGCACCACAGAAGCAGAUGAGAUGUCGCAUCCUUCAUCAGAAGAAAGAACACGUUCAGGGUUUCCUCCAAACAACGUGGAAGUUGCAUCCAAGGAUUAUAUCAAAGGCAAAAGUGAGAUUGCUGAGUUUAACAUGGAGGCUUCUUGUUUGCGGGAUGACAAGAGAAUUGAUAGAGAAGAAAACCCGGAAUCUGAUGGCUGGGGUCCUAACAAAGCUCAAAAGUUGAGUCCUUGUAAGCUGAUCGAACAAUCUGCUGAUGCCAACACGAGGAAAGCUCGUGUUUCCGUUCGAGCUCGAUCGGAAGCUCCCAUGAUCAGUGAUGGAUGUCAGUGGAGAAAAUACGGACAAAAGAUGGCAAAAGGGAACCCCUGUCCUCGAGGUUAUUACCGGUGCACAAUGGCAGUUGGUUGUCCUGUCCGAAAACAAGUUCAACGCUGCGCUGAAGAUCGAACAAUCUUGAUAACGACUUACGAGGGCAACCACAAUCACCCACUUCCUCCAGCUGCCAUGGCAAUGGCAUCAACAACAUCAGCAGCAGCAAGCAUGUUGCUUUCAGGUUCAAUGCCCAGUGCAGAUGGGAUCAUGAACCCGAAUUUGCUUUCCAGGACAAUCCUUCCAUCAUGCUCUUCCAGCAUGGCAUCGAUUUCAGCUUCUGCUCCAUUCCCAACUGUAACAUUGGACCUUACUCAAUCACCAAACCCUCUACAAUUCCAAAGACCACCACCCCAAUUCGAAGCCUCUCAAUUGCCUCAAGUUUUUGGCCAAGCACCGUAUAAUCAGUCAAAAUUCUCAGGCCUGCAGUUGUCUUCGCAGUUAGGCCACCAAGUUCCUCAUCCGCAACUGCAGCCUCAACAUCCCACCCUGGCUGACAAAGUAAGAGCCGCCACGGCUGCCAUCACGAAUGAUCCCAGCUUUACCGCUGCCCUCGCAGCUGCCAUCACCUCCAUCAUUGGUGGUUCUCACCCAAAUAAUAGUAGUAGCAACACCUCCAACAGCAAUAAAAGCAAUGCCAUCACCACGAACAGCAGACAAUAGAUCAGUAGGGCUUCCCACUGGGAAUUUAUUAGAAAAGACUUUUUUGUUAUACCCAUUUCCCCCCUUAUUUUUGUUGUUACUGUUCUUUAAUUGUGGAUGAGAUGCAGAUUACAUGUUUAUAUGUUUUCUUUGUAUCUUGUUGUUUGGGAGGGUUAGGUCACGUACACACACUCCAUUAUUUUGUUAUUGUUGUUUCAGUGGAAUAAAUCCGAUUCAGAUUUCCCAAGUACACAGAAAAACAUGAGUAUAAUUUUAUUUUCCAA